GGGAAGGGUGUGUGGGUGGUGCAUAAAGUCCUGGUCCUCUCUGGGCCGAGAGCCCGCUCUCGCUGUUGCACUCCGUGCUAGGAGCAGAUCCGGCGCAGGGGUUUCGGGCGGGAGGAAGGAGUCGGUCCUAGGGCAGCCUCCGCCCCCCGGGGAAUCUGUCGGCUUGCCUGCCCGCCCCUACGCCCGCCCGCUGCGGGCCCAGCAGGCCUAGGAUGCCUGCAGCACUUGUGGAGAACAGCCAGGUUAUCUGUGAAGUCUGGGCCAGCAACCUAGAAGAAGAGAUGAGGAAGAUCCGAGAAAUUGUGCUUAGUUACAGUUACAUUGCUAUGGACACAGAAUUUCCAGGUGUUGUAGUGAGACCAAUUGGGGAAUUUCGAAGUUCCAUAGACUACCAGUAUCAGCUUCUUCGGUGUAAUGUUGACCUGCUUAAAAUUAUACAACUGGGCCUCACAUUCACAAAUGAGAAAGGAGAAUAUCCUUCUGGAAUCAACACCUGGCAGUUCAACUUCAAAUUCAAUCUUAUAGAGGACAUGUAUUCCCAGGACUCUAUAGAUCUCCUUGCUAACUCAGGGUUACAGUUCCAGAAGCAUGAAGAGGAAGGUAUUGACACUUUGCACUUUGCAGAACUGCUCAUGACCUCAGGGGUAGUUCUCUGUGACAACGUCAAAUGGCUUUCAUUUCACAGUGGUUAUGAUUUUGGCUACAUGGUAAAGCUGCUAACUGAUUCGCGAUUACCAGAAGAAGAGCAUGAAUUCUUCCAUAUUUUGAACCUCUUCUUCCCAUCUAUUUAUGAUGUGAAAUACUUGAUGAAGAGUUGCAAAAACCUUAAGGGAGGUCUUCAGGAAGUUGCUGAUCAGUUGGAUUUGCAACGAAUUGGCAGGCAGCAUCAGGCAGGCUCAGACUCACUGCUCACCGGAAUGGCAUUCUUCAGGAUGAAAGAGUUAUUUUUUGAGGACAGUAUUGAUGAUGCUAAAUACUGUGGUCGGCUCUAUGGCCUUGGCACAGGAGUGGCACAGAAACAGAAUGAGGAUGUGGACUCCGCUCAGGAGAAAAUGAGCAUACUGGCUAUUAUCAAUAACAUGCAACAAUAAUGACGGGUAUGGCUUUGCAGGAUGGGCCCAAUUCAGUACUGGUGCUUACUGUCCUGACUGGUCUCUGUAUGUGUGUAUCUCUUUCUCCUUUCCCAACAGAAAGAGCUUCUAUUGAGUGAAUGGUUUCUACAGUCUGCAUUGAGCAGAAAGACUUUUGUUUUACUGAAGACAAGUGAUAUCUUCAUUUUAGAUCAGAUUAAAGAAUUUCACUGUGAAUUUGUAAACAAGUCUUUCACCAAUCCUCAUCCCCAGUCCUUUCCUCUCCAGUUGCCAUCUACCACCAGCAUCUAUGGCUGUCUGGAUACCUUUUUAAUAUCAGGGACAAGUCAGAAACAAACAAGUAAAAUGUAUAUAACUCUUAUCUGUUGUCACUCUUUUCAUUUUAAAAUUUGUUGCUAAUCUCUGAGAAUAAAGAUUUACCUGAUACUUAGCUGAGCUGAGAUCUGCCAGUGAAAACAGGAUAAAAUGGUAUAUUUGUGGACGAGUUUGUACAUGCUUGGUUUUUUAAAUUCUCCUAAGGGAAUUUUUUCUUCCUUAUGUCUCCUAGUUUUUCUUCAUAUUAUAUAGAAAUGAACUGCUUGCUCACUGCUAAAAUGGAAACUUUCUUCUCUUAAAAGUAAAAAAAAAUCAACUGUUGGUCUACCCUUCAGUCAUGGCAUUUUCCAGAACUCAAUAUCUGGCCAUUCAGAUGUCUUAUUGUUCCAUCAUGCCAGAGACUUGCUGUAUCUUGUGCUUCCUUUGAAGUCUUUUUAGGUAUUACUUUGAUAAAACAUCUUGGAAUAGAUGGAGAGAAAAGCCUCCCAAUUUCUGUUUCCUAAACAGCAACUUUGGACCAACUGUCUUCCAAAAUAGGAAAAUAAUUUCAGAUGGGGAUUUGGGAUUCUAGCACUCCUCUUUCUUUUCAUUCUCCCUUAUUUUUCCCUUCAGUGAGUCUGAAGAUAAGGUGAGGAGGUGGUUAAAUGUAAGAAGGGCAGCAAAGGGAUUCAGUUUUUGUUUAUAGAGUUCUCUUGGAAGUAAUAUUCCCACAUCUGCAGUAUAAAUAAAGCUCAGGACAAUUAUUUUUCUUUUUGUUUUAAAAUCUAGUCAUUCAAGAGUUAAGUUGUCUAUUUCUUGAAUAACUGCAGUGUGGACUCUUUUUUGAAGAUCAAAAUCCCUGUUGCACUGGAGGGAAUGAAACUGGUUACUCACUGAAGUAGAUAGCCUUAUUUUAACAAGCUUAUGGAAGAUUCAAUUUGUGGUACUUUAAUCAUGUCUCAGGUAUUAUAAGCUGGUAUUUAAAAUGCUUGUAAAUAUUUAUGUUUUUAAUUUUGUAAAAUAAAGACUUUUUUAACCA